AUGGCAAAAAUCGAACAAACGUUUAGAUCGUUCGAUGGCAAUUCCCAGAGUAUCUCACAGUUUAUACGGGCGAUAGAGAGUGUGAUGAGUAUUAUGAUUGAAGAUGAAACAUACGUGGACAAACUAUCUUUACGUCUUCCCUCAAAUGAAGACGUUAAAUCACCUGGUAGGCCCAGUGCUUUGAAAAAGGAUCACGUAAAGAAAGCAGCAAUUGACCUUGCAAUUCGUAAAGUCAAAUUGGAGAAUGACGACGGUGAAGAAGUUUUGGAUGUGAAGAGCAUGAAGAAAAAAUCUGAUGAGUGGGUCGGGAUGCCUGAGAGAACGGAGAGGCGAAAGAUUGAUUUGGACGAAGAGAAUAAAAACUUCUCAAAGUUACAUUUGUCAAUCGACAAACCGAAUGUCAAAGCCGUGUUUGAUUCCGUUGGAGACGGUUAUUGUAGAUUUAGAGCAAUAGCCUUUUUGCAUUACGGUGACGAGAACAAGUGCCAACUGGUGAUAAUGGAUAUGAUGUUAGCACUCGAAAAGAACAAGGAGUAUUACGGAAAUGUUGUUGGUCAAAAUGUCGUCGAAGUAAAGAUUACGAUAAGCAGGGGAUUGAAAGAUGCAACAGAAUCAGCCAUCUGGUUUAAAAGCCCAGGUUCUGCUCAAGUUGUUGCUGAUGCAUAUAAUAUUCCUGUUUGUGUUUGCAAUCGUCCACUGGUUAGCUCUCGCCUGGACAAUCCUUUGACGUUUCUUCCGAUGAGUAUGCCUGUCAGACCCAAGGUUAAAGUGCAGCCAUAUUUGCUGCAGAAUAUAAAGAACAAGCAAUGGUUGGCCUUGAAGUUUGGUCACUUACCGACGAAAUAUCCACUUGUAACUCACCUGUACUGCAACAUCGAUGAUUGGUACGAGACUCUAUUUAAGACAACUUGGAAUCUCUUCGGACAAUUCUCUAAGUUUAGAUCUUCAGAUGACCAUAGGGUGAGCCAGAGAUGA